AGUCAUUCUUAGACACGCGAACAGCCGCAAUAAUAAGGAAGCGGCCAAAGCCGCGUCUCCCUGGCGCUGACACCUUCCUCCACCAAGCUCUCACAUAGCAAUCGGCGGGCAGGCGCUCACAUCAACACCAACGAGUGCAGGCCACAUCCACAGAGUGCAAUUGUGACUUUCGCAGCUCUCCACAUUUUGAGCUUCCCACAUUGAAGUUUGUGUCUAAAACCAAGAGCUCCGUUAAGAUUUAAAGUCCAGGCAUGGCCACUAGCGUGAUGCAUCCGAUCCCCAAGCGCACGAAGGACGCUGCUCGUCCGCCCGUGCAGCGCAGUCGGAGCAUCGACAGUCGCCCCGCUAAGCCGCGCCACGGACUGAGCCACGGCUUUCAGAUGGAUCUCAAGCAAGCGGUACAGCUCGAGAAGCAGGAGCUCAAGAAGAGAGGCCUGUUGCCGCCUCCCAUUGAGACAGAGCCGCUGCCAAAGAUGGUGGCGCCCGAGGACGAGGACGAGAACGCGUCCUAUUGGCUCUACAGCCAACAGAGACUCGCACGAAGAGCGGCGUCGUUUACUAGCGGCGCCUAUCAACCCAUGCCAUGCUCUCCACCGGUACCGAUCCCGCAGCACGAAGCUCAGCGUCGCUACAGCGCCGCAGACAUGAAGCAACAGAGUUUGAGCACGUCGCAGUGCGAGGCCAGACUGUGGGACGAGCUCUGGAACUACAAACUGUCCUUCGAGUCGCGCGAAUCGCUCAACAUUAGCGUCAAGGAAAACACUCGCGCCAGUGACCUGGCGUCUCUACUUAAGAACAGAUCCGAGUCGUCAGCUGACACAGUGAACGAGGACGAAGACAUUGAAGGCGCUGAUAGCCCAGAAGAAGAGCACGUCCAUCGCUAUGGCGACGUGUUCGAGAUGGAUCUAUAGGUUAGCAAUGGACUGAGCAGGCCCAGCCUUACACGUUUUGAUAGUGAGUACUUGAGUGUGAGCCGAGGUGAAGAAUGACUUGAAAUUAAUAUUUGAACGACCUCUUAUACUUUAUUUUGUCAA